GAAGGAGAGGAACCCUUGCCACCCUGGAUCCGUGGUGAGCGUGAGCGCAAGCUUGCUGCAGACGAGGGAUCAGAUUUGCUAUUUCCGGUCUACUUGAUAGGCUCUGCGUUGGUCGCCAUUGCAGCGGUGGGGUCCAUUUUUGAAUUUGCCAACCGCAAUCCAAUCUUUGGCGUGCUUCCACCGAGCAACUUCCUGUGGGCGCCUAUCCUGCUCUUUUUCUCCAUCACUGGGUUCCCGUCAGCAGGCUUUCUUUUCUUUAAGGCAAUCACUGCAGCCAACAAGGAGGCAGAGCGGCAGGACAAAAUAGACGGGUAUUGA